CGCCGGGCCGGGGCAGGGCCCAGGCGGGCGGGAGGCGGGUGCGAGGCGGCUCCUCCUCGUCGCGAACUCUCGGUGACCUUGGCCAAGUCCCUUCAUCCUCUCGAGCCGGCGCCUUCGUCUGUAAAGUGCGAGUUAUGAGCCCUGCCGACGAGAUGGGCCGUUUUGAGGUUCCGUGGCGAGACCCCCGCGGGGUCCGUGGAGUAGCGGGCGGUUUGCCUGGACGAGCCCGCCCCCGGGUGACUAGCAUGCAGUUACCCAUUCUCUGACUUGCUGCCCUGUUACUGACAUGGCCCACCGGGGUGGGGACAGGGACUUCCAGACUUCAGCGCGGCGCAUGGGCACCUCGUUGCUCUUCCAGCUGUCAGUGCACGAACGGGAGCUGGACCUGGUUUUUCUGGAUCAUAGCUAUGCCAAGCCAUGGAGUGCCCACCCGGAUGCCAGUAGUGCCCGCCCCACCCGCAUGCUUUUUGUUACUCCCCGGAGGCAGCACGAAAGUACCAUUGAAUCAGACGUCCCAAUAGACGUGGAGACAGUCACAGCAACCCCUGUGCCACUGUAUGACAAUCAGAAGGCGCGCAGCGUGAUGAACGAGUGUGAACGGCACGUCAUCUUCGCCAGGACUGAUGCGGAUGCCCCUCCCCCACCAGAGGACUGGGAGGAGCAUGUCAACAGGACUGGCUGGACAAUGGCCCAGAACAAGCUAUUCAACAAGAUCCUCAAAGCCCUGCAGUCUGACCGGCUUGCCCGCCUGGCCAACGAAGGGGCUUGCAAUGAGCCAGUGCUGCGCCGUGUUGCUGUGGACAAGUGUGCAAGGAGAGUGCGGCAGGCUCUGGCAAGUGUGAGCUGGGACACCAAACUGAUCCAGUGGCUGCACACCACCCUGGUGGAGACCUUGAGUCUGCCCAUGCUGGCAGCCUACCUGGAUGCUUUGCAGACGCUGAAAGGGAAGAUCCCUAGCUUGAUUGACCGGAUGCUUGUGUCAUCCAACACGAAGACCGGGGCGGCAGGAGCUGAGGCCUUGUCCCUCCUGCUGAAGAGGCCCUGGGACCCCGCUGUGGGGGUGCUUUCUCAUAACAAACCGAGCAAACUCCCUGGCUCUCCUCUCAUUCUCAUUGCCUCGUCUGGGCCCUCUAGCUCCGUGUUCCCCACCUCACGCCGCCACCGCUUCUGGCAGUCUCAGCUGUCCUGCUUAGGCAAGGUCAUCCCUGUAGCCACCCAUCUACUGAACAAUGGUUGUGGCGUAGGAGUUUUGCAGUGUCUUGAGCAUAUGAUCGGGGCAGUGAGAAGCAAAGUGCUGGAGGUUCACAGCCAUUUCCCCCACAAGCCCGUUAUCUUGAUUGGCUGGAACACAGGAGCUUUGGUGGCCUGUCAUGUGUCAGUGAUGGAAUAUGUCACUGCAGUUGUCUGCCUUGGGUUUCCUUUGCUUACCGUGGAUGGCCCCAGAGGGGAUGUGGAUGAUCCCCUCUUGGAUAUGAAGACUCCAGUCCUCUUUGUCAUUGGUCAGAAUUCCCUGCAGUGUCACCCUGAAGCCAUGGAGGACUUCCGGGAGAAGAUUCGUGCUGAGAACAGCUUGGUAGUGGUUGGGGGAGCUGAUGAUAAUCUCAGAAUAAGCAAAGCAAAGAAGAAAUCAGAAGGAUUGACUCAGAGCAUGGUGGAUAGAUGUAUUCAGGAUGAGAUUGUGGACUUUCUGACUGGAGUGCUCACUCGUGCUGAGGGGCACGUGGGCUCCGAACCUCGGGAUCAGGAUGCUGAGAAGAAGAAGAAGCCCCGGGACGCAGCCCGCAGAGACCUGGCCUUUGAGGUCCCUGAGCGGGGCAGUCGACCUGCCUCGCCGGCUGCCAAGCUGCCUGCCUCACCCUCGGGCUCGGAGGAUCUCUCCAGUGUGUCCAGCAGCCCAACCUCCAGUCCCAAGACCAAAGUGACUACAGUGGCCUCUUCCCAGAAGUCCAGUCAGAUCGGGAGCUCUCAGCUGCUGAAGAGACACAUGCAGCGGACAGAAGCUGUGCUGACCCACAAACAAGCCCAAGCACAGUUUGCUGCUUUUCUGAAACAAAAUAUGCUGGUGAGGAAAGCUCUUCCUCCCGGCACCUCCUCCUGUCUCUUUGUUCCCAUUUCAUCAGAACAAACGGAGGAAGCAGAGAAGGAGGAUCUUAGGGUCCAGCUGAAGCGGCACCAUCCCUCCAGUCCUCUUCCUGCCAGUAAGACCUCCAAGCGACCAAAGAUCAAGGUGUCCCUUAUCUCCCAAGGGGACACAGCUGGAGGGCCUUGUACUCCUUCUCAAGGAGGAGCUCCAGAAGCUGCGGGAGGGAAGCCGGUCACCAUGACACUGGGGCAAGCUCCCACAGGGGCCAAGGAGCUCACAGGGCUUCUCACCACAACCAAGUCAAAUGCUUCUGAAGGGGGAGUCUCAGCCAGCCCAGCCUCCUCGGUAGUCUCCAGCAGCACCACGCCCAGUGCCUUGCACACACUCCAGAGCCGCCUGGUGGCCACCUCUCCUGGCAGCUCCCUCCCAGGGCCCACGUCAGCCAGCAGUCUUCUCCAAGGUCUCAGCUUCAGCUUGCAGGAUAUCAGCAGCAAGACCUCUGGCCUCCCAGCAAAUUCCUCCCCAGGGCCAGCCCCACAGGCCACCAGUGUGAAGUUGCCCACCCCCAUGCAGAGCCUGGGUGCCAUCACCACGGGCACCAGCACCAUUGUCCGUACCAUUCCUGUGGCCACCACUCUCUCCUCCUUGGGUGCCACUCCUGGUGGGAAGCCCACAGCCAUCCACCAGCUGCUGACCAAUGGGGGCCUCGCUAAGUUGGCAAGCAGCCUCCCUGGCCUGGCUCAGAUCUCUAACCAAGCAUCAGGCUUGAAGGUCCCCACCACCAUUACUUUGACACUACGUGGUCAACCGAGCCGAAUCACCACGCUGAGCCCCAUGGGCUCAGGAGCCGCGCCGUCAGAGGAGCCCACCUCCCAGGCACUGCCCUCCAGCUCACAGCGCCUGCCUCCAGCACCCUGAAGAUACUGUGUGAUACAUCCUCCCUUACCAGGUUGGUGAUGGCUGCUGCACGGUGAGCCCUGGGCACAUGUGCUGUCCUGCUGAGCUGUCCACUUGUCUGAAGACCUCUUUAAGACAGUCGUUUUUGCCUCCCCGCCAACUGUCUUGAGGGUUGUGCCUCUGGGUCUUGUGAAACCAUUAGGCUAGGUGCUAUGGUGCCAGCAAGAGGAGCAUUGUCUUCCAGCAUCUACAGAAUCUCCAGCUCCCCAGCAGAUCUGGCUGUGUGUGGAUCAGAGGCAUUUAUUCCCCAGCAGUAGCCAAGGAGAAGUGUUGGACUGCCCACUGCAUUUAAUAAAGGAAUUCCUUCUGGAAGUCUGUGCUCUCCCUGUGCCAAGUUGGGAGGAGACUUCCAUGUGGUCUGGAGCUGUGGGAGUGAGGAUUGAGAGCCCUUUGCUGAGGCCUGGGAUCAUCUGGGCCCACCAGCCAGUUAUUCAGUGCCAGAAGGGCUUGUUUUGGACAAGGCUGUUGGCUUCACUAAGCAGCCAUGGGAGAGUGCUCCCCAUGCAACUCCCUCUUAGGAACCACACCAGCUGCCGACUAGCCUGCUGAGACCUGGGAACUCCUAAUUUCAAACCCACCAUAGGGCAAAGAGAACUGAGCUGUCAUUUUUCAGUCCCUUUGGCCACUACAGAUGUGGGCAGCAGCAGUUGCCAAGAGGUAGAAGCUGGCCCUUUUCUUUUUCUCAUCAUGCCUUGGGCAGUUACUGUAUCCAGAAAGUCUGCAGGUCCAGAAAGGCUGAAGAAGAGAAACAGAACAGCAAAUGAAGUGGCUUUGAAGGACGUGCCAGUAAGUCCUGUGGUGAAAAUGAUUUGGGCUUGAGGCUUUGCAUCUAGUACCUAAGGCACUCUUGAUACAACUGGAGGUGAAAGAAGAAUUAGCCAAGUCAGAGGGAAGAAACCCGACCCCUAAAAUUUCUCUCCAGGGCUUGGAAGUGGAAUAGGGAUAACCAGCUGAGUUAACAUCUUGGCUGCCAGAAAGCUUAGGCAUCAGGAUGACGAAGGCUGUGUUUCAUUGUUUCUGUUCCAUACAACUUUUUGUCCUUUUGCACAAAAGUGGGAAGAAUCUUGGCAUUGACUCGACUGUAAGGGCUCUUGGUACUAACUUGAACCCUGGAGGUGCAGAUCCCUGGAGAAACAAUCACUGAAGAUGGAGCUCUGAGCCCCUCCUUAACUCCUCCUCAUAAUACCUGUAUGCGAAGGUGGUUUUAAGUUUGGCUGAGAACCUAUCUUCCAGAGCAGGCUUCCUUCCCUUCCAUGCUCUAGAAUGUUUCUGGCUAAGGUGAUAAAUAAGGCAACCAAAAUGUGACUCUGUUCAGUAUCUGGAGGCAGGGAGGGUCCACAGCAUGCCGUGACUGGAAUUGUGGUCCCGGGUCUUGACCCAUGGUGCAGCAUAUAUCCAAACCAGGCCACCUGUGUUCAAUCCAGGAGCCUCACCUGCCAGUCCGAGUGGCAGCCAGGUAGAAGUGUACAGUGUGCAGGAGUCUCAGACGAGGCAGAUUGGAGUGCUGCGGGCAGGGCCAGGGGCCAUGUUAGAGGAUGGGAGAGGGCAUUUUAAGCACUGUGCUCUCCCUCCCUGACCUCCUGCAGAGCUGGUUUCAGCAGUGAGUCACACAGAAUUAGACUGCGUUCUUGCAUUACCUGGUAGGUAACAGCUUUCUGAAUUCAGGAGGCGGUUAGUAAGUUUGAGCAUAUGAAAUCUGAAAGAGGCGUCCGUGGGUAGGGAGUUUGAUAACUUUACAGGUAGGAUGAUAACACACCAACAGGAACCGAGGACAGUAAGACUGUGUGAGACUGUGUGAGCUUUUAGGAAUUGAGGACAGGCAGAGGUCCUGAACCACCCAUUCAUGACUUAGGAGUGUAGCCUAGACAGCACUGGAGGGACUGCUCCUGAAACAUGCUGGCCCAGUGUGUGCUGGGACCAAAGGAAAAACUAACACAUUGUCCUGCAUUUGUGUAAAUCCUCAUAUGCUUCCCGUGAGUGACCUCCUAAGGCUUGGGUUGUACACCUUGAAGAAUGCCAACACUGGAGAAGGGGCGUGGUGAGAACACUGAUUCUUCCUCACCUUGGAGGGACAGGCUAAGAGGGGGGAAGUGGUUGAAGUCUCUUGAGUCAUGUUCUCCAGUUCUAGACUUCUCCAACCACACUUCUUGAAAUGUAAAAGGAAGCUUUCCUCUACCUAUCAUAUAGCAGACCUGGAGUCCAUAACCUCAGAAGGUAAUACUACUAGCGAAAAAUGUAGAAGGAUCAGGAAGGCUGUCGUUAAAGUCUUUGGGUGACAGAUGAGUGUUGAUGCACUAUGGAAGAUGUCCUUGUGCUUUGAGAAGAGGUCCCUGAUGGAGGAAGACUUUCUGUCUGUUCUUAACCUCACCACUAGAACAGUCUUGGGCUGGAUGGUUUAUAGAGCUGAGUUGCUGUGAUGGCUCUGUUCUUACAUUAGCAGAAACAGUGGAAAAAAAUAAAAAUAACUUUGGAUUGCUUCAACUUCUUUUCAGUUGACUUCUCAUGUUUAUUCUGGUAACCACCCAAUGAAGUGGCACAGAAAAUAAAAGCUAAGAUAAUGUGGUAAAGCCAGUAAUCAUCUCACUGAUGCCUGGUGCCAUGAGGUGGGUACUGUAAUUCCGUUUUUACAGGUGAGGAAACUGAGGCACAGAGAAGUCACAGCAGGAAGUGGCAGAAACAGGACUGGAGCCCAUGCAGUCUGAAGCCAGUGUCUGUUCUACUCUGCACUGUGCUGGGUUCUGAGAUGGGAGACCAGAAGUGGAGAUUAGCCCAGGAGGUGAGGAGAUGGUGGCUUGGCCUUCAUCUGACCCUUUUCAGUUUACUUCCCAUCAGGCCUAGAGUGGUUGCUGCUGCCGUGGUGGGGCUCUUGGCUGGGGCUGAGUUGGUAGGUAGGGUCCUCACCCUUGGUCCUGAGAGAUUGAAAUCCCUUUGCACAUCAUAUACCUCCAUCCCCCUCCAAUAAAGCAAUAAAGUCUUAACGAUGAGUGAAUGAAUUCCAACCUCCAGAUUAUUUGUGUACUUUUAUCCAGGAGGACCUUCCUUUCUACCCUUAAAUUCCAGGUCCCUACACUUAGCUUUGAAACCCUCUUGGUGGAAGCCAUAGUUCGGGUAGACUGCCUGGAGUAUCUAGUACGUGUGGGGUCAUCUUGUUACCAUCCUUAGUAGAGACCUGAUACUUUUUCCCUCCCUUUCAACUCUAGUCUCACUGACUUGGGUGAGUCAGAUGAAGUAGAGAUAAGGAUUAGAUUGUUUAAAUGAGAACUAUCUUAAACUUCAGGAGUAUAGGGACAGGGCCAUAGCAAAUUAUGAUGCAGAAAAAUCUUUGUUACUUUAUCUCCCUUUCCAAAGCAUAUGUUUUAGUCACAGACAUUGGUUGCAAGAAGCAGAAACCAUUCACCACCUAAAUUCGUUCUAAAAGGGAAUUUUCUCUCAAUAGGCAUUCUCAUAGACAGGGAGCCUGACAGUUUCUGCUACUUGCCUCAUGACGUCAGCUGACUUGGACUUGCCAGGGACCAGUUGUCACCGGACUUUGUUGCUGUGGGCCUUUGUGGAUGGCCAGUCUCUCUUUCAGUUCAAAUUCUGAGCACAGUGAACCUCGUUGGCUCAGUCUCGCUCAUGCGUUGGCUCCUCUCCCACCCCAGUCCAGUAAUAGUGUCCAGAGGAUGAAGUCAUGUGAGCCAACACCUUUCUAAGAAGAGAGUAGAAAGGAUAAAACAAACAAAACUGUUGGGCUAUUCAGAUGUGUGUGUUUGGUUUUUAACUUGCAGUUGUAGUUUAGAGAAGUCCCAUGUUUUCUUUAUCCAGUUUCCCCCAAUGCUUACAUCUGACAUAACUGUAGUACAAUAUCGAAACCAGAAAAUUAACAUUGGUACAGUGUGUGUGUAUAGUUCUAUGUCAUUUUAUCCCCGUAACCAUAAUCAAGAUACAGAACUAUUCCAUCGCCGCAAAGAUCUCCCUCAUGUUACCCCUUUCUAGUCACACCCAUCUCCUUCCCCCUCACCAUUCCUCACCUGUAGCAACCACUAAUCUUUUCUUCAUCUCUGAGUAGAAUGAUAAAUAAAUAGAAUCUUAUAAUACAUGAGCUUUGAGAUUUGCCUUUUUCCCCACUCAGCUUAAUUCCUUUGAUGUUCAUCCAAGUUGUUGUGUGUAUUAGUAGUCCUUGUUUUUACUGCUGCUGAGUAUGAAUGUUCCAUGGUGUGGGUGUACCACAGUUUCUGUAACCACCUUUUGAGGGACAUCUUGAUUAUUUCCAGUUUGAGGCUGUUACAAAUAAAGCUGCUGCGAACAAUUGAAGGCAGGUUUUUGUGUGAAUAUUAGUUUUCAUUUCUCUAGGAUAAAUGCCCAGGAGUGUGAUUUUUGGGUCAUAGGGUAAGUUUUCAGUUUUUUAAGAAACUGCCAAACUGUUUUCCGGAGAAACUACCAUUUUACAUUCCCACCAGUAGUGUAGGAGAGAUCCACUUUCUUUGAACCCUUACCAACGCUUGAUGCUGUCUGUGUUUUUUCAUUUUAGCCAUUCUAAUAGGUGUGUGGUCAUACCCCAUUACAGUCUUUAAAAUUUGUUCAGGUUUGUAUAUGGUCCGGGGUGUGGUGGUUUAUCUUGAUGUAUGUUCUGUAGGCACUUGAAGAGUGUGUAUUCUGCUGUUGGGUAGAGUGUUC